AGGAUAAUGCUACCCUGUCGGUUUUAUAUUUUAUCAACAAAAAUAUGAUAAAGAUUGUGUUUGAGGAUAACACAGAAAUUUGGGAAGGAUUCCAUGUCUUACACAAUUUCGUUGAAAUGAUCAGUUUACAAGCUAGGAAAACCUUGUUAGAUUUCUUUGAAAAAUACCCCUUAGAAUAUUACGAUUUUCUACAGGAGGUAAAAUCAAAAAUCAGACGGAUAUCGCCCGACUGCCCAAAUUUAAAAAUCAAAAUAUCCUCCGUCAUGCUGGAGGAGUUGCGAUGUGCUGAAGGUAUGCAGAAAUCAAUCCUAAGUACAGGACGUAAAGGCGAGCUUGAACUCAAAGGAGACAAAUGUAUCGUCAAACCAGAACAGUUUAAGAUUUUGUUUACUGAGGCCGGAAGACGCAUUGUAGACUAUAUAGAAAAAAAGUUGUUUGCUGAAUUUUCAGAUAUCAAUCAAAUAAUUCUUGUUGGAGAAUUUGCACAAUCACCGAUACUUCAGAACAUUAUCAAAACAGCAUUUUCGGCGAAAAAUGUCAUCAUUCCCUGGGACGGAGGUAUGGCAGCAGUAAGGGGUGCUGUGUUUUAUGGACAAGGUCAUGUAUCGUUUGUGACAGAUGUUGUUCCCAACAUGCAACAAACACCUCUAAACAAUGCACAAGUUGCGUUGCCAAAGGCGUUGUCAAAGGAUAGAAGACUUAAAAAAAGCAUGAUAGACGAUGGAAAACCAAGCCCGAGUGAAUCCAAGAAAAGUUCUCAACAAAAAAUGUGUGUGAUAUUGUGA